AUGUUUACGGAAAUUCCAUUCCUGAAAAAUUUCCUCUCAUCGGCCACAUCGAAACGUCUCGAUGAUGUUGUGGACCGUUUACAUUUUGUGGUCACAGUGACUGUGUUGGUGUUAUUCGCCAUGUUCAUUGGUACGAAACAACAUUUCGGUAGUCCAAUUCAGUGCAUGUUACCGGCACAUAUGGAUCGUGGCUCAUGGACCGCGUAUGGUCAGUACUUGUGUUUCGUUGAGAACACUUAUCGCAUCACUUUCAAUCGCAGUUUACCGAGCAUCAACGAGAGAACCUCACUUAAACACACAUCUGGAAUCGAAGUGAAUUACUAUCAGGUGAAUCUUUGUUAUUACUUUAUCUUUAUCGUUGUUGUUGUUAUCAGUUGUUAUUACUAUUGUUACAUAUGA